AUGAACGAAAAGCACAUGGUGCUGCCGGAUCGAUGGCUCGGCCCCGACGAGGCAAAGACCGAAUCGGUCGAGGUCUGGCACGGCGACUACGAUCUGUGGGAUUGGAUCGCCCAGCCCGAGGACGGUUCGUUGCCGGCCGGGCCGCCCCCUUCGGCGACGGCGCACGUCAUGCUGACCAUGGGCAACAGGACUCACCCACAAGACUCACCUCUACCAGAUGGGGAAUCUGAAGAAGGCGCGGCAUCCGAGGAAUUGUUACUUUUCGCCCAUCCAGUGUCACUUUACACAGUCGGGCCGUACGCACGGUCACGGCCCGGAGGUGAAGAAUGUCAAAUAUCAGCACGGCUGAGCGAGGCGAGCAUCGGCGGCGGCGGCGGCGGCGGUACGGGUGCGUCGAGAGCUGGCCUGCACUGCGGCUGGGAACAGUGCACGUGCCGUCUGGGCACUGUGAGCCGACCUCACUUUGUCGGCGGCAAAGUACUGUCCCCGCGUAAUCCCCACCGUGCGCCUACAGUGCCCGAAACUGGACGGCCCCAUGUCGAUGAUGACCCUUCUCGAGACGGCCUCGGCAGGCCUCAGGCGCCCGAGACACGGCCCAUCCAUUCGCAACAAAAGCAGGUAGCACGAGUACUCCCGACAGCCCAUGCACUUGUGCUCCAAAGGUGGACGCUGUAG